AUGACAAGUACUGAAGCAGAACAGAAUAGUGCUAAUAAGGCGAAAUUGAUGCCAAGGAUACUCUGCAAUAAUGAUGGAGGUUGCAUUGGCAAUAAAUUAGAUGAUGGAACUCCUCUCAAUAUACCUAUUGAUCGAUUAUCUAAGGCAAUUGAAACUCUUAAACAACUUUCUCAGAAAAUAAGAGACAAUAAACCAAGUGACUUAUUACAUUCUGUAGGUAUUGAGAUGUCCAAUUGUUACAUAACUCUUCUAGUUAGUCUGAAAGAUAUCCCUAAAUUUGUUAAAAGCAAGCACAUUCCUUUAGAUAUUACAAAUCCAUUAUACAACUAUCCCAGUAACGAAGUAUGUCUUAUAGUAAGGGAUCCACAGCGUAAAUGGAAAGAUUUACUACAGAAGGAUUAUCCAGAUAUUAAUAUAAUUACUAGGGUAAUUGGGGUAGGAAAAUUAGUGAAGAAGUAUAAUACAUUUAAAGAUAAAAGAGAACUUUGCUCAGCAUAUGACUUGUUUCUGUGUGAUGAUAGAGUAAUUGAAAAGAUGCCAAAAAUAUUAGGAUCAUACUUCAUAAAAACUAAUAAGUUACCUGUAGCUAUAAAGUUGCGUGAAUCAAAUUUAAAAAAUACAUUAAAAAAAACCUUAAAUUCCACAUUUAUGACUAUACGUCGUGGUCCAUGUGUUGGAAUAAGAGUAGCCAAGUUAAGUAUGCAUACUAGUGAUAUUUUACAAAAUAUACAAGAUGUCAUUAAACAAGUAUAUACAUAUUUCAAUGAUAGUAAUCUCAGUAAACACUGGAGAAAUGAGAUCACUGGAUUAUAUAUACAAAGCACAAAUACACUCGCACUUCCAAUUUGGGUUGCAAGGAUUCCCUUGAAUAUCGAAUUGAAGAAUAAAGCCUGUUCUAACAAGAAAUUAUAUAAUAAAGAUGAGAUUAAGUUGGAGAAAACCUUGAAAAGUAAGACAAAGAGUGUCUCAAAGAGAUAA